UUACAAACAAGUUACCGUUAGCAUGUUGCAAGUGGGGCUUCUUUGAAUUUAUUUUAGGAUUUUUAGCGCUUUCCGUACAGAGUCUAGAAUUAAAAUGUGUGUUAACGGUUUUGUUUGUCGCUUAUGCUCCAAAGAAUCGACAAAAUCAGUCGAUUUAGAGGCAACAAGCAAUGGUGCUUUCAAGAAAAUGUUUGAUAUUUUCCUGUUUCCAAAGAAGCUGCAGCUGCCUCAAUCAAUUUGCGAAGAAUGCACGUACCAAGUCGAAUCCUGCAACAGAUUCUUCCAACUAGUCAUUCAGUACAUUGAAACUAAUGACUCAACUCAAGAACCACAAAACGACGCAGAAGAAACGCCUCAAACCUGCGAUGAUUGCCAUUCAGCCUUUACAACCGACCUCGACCUGGAACGCCACCAAAAGCUCGUCCACAUCGGUCUGGUUAACCGAAACUUCCAAUGUCUCACCUGCAGAAAGCACUUCAAAACCAGCCGAGGCUUGCAACAACACACGACUCAUUGCCAAAACUCCACCGGCAACGAAUCUUUCCACUGCACGCACUGCUCCCGAGACUUUGCGACCAGCACGAGCUACACGAACCACGUGAGGAGCUGCCACGCGGAAGCGAUUUGCUAUUUCUGCGACCACGGCUGGAGUACGGAGCAGAAGCUGCUGGACCACGUUCGCGAGGCCCACAAGGACAAGCUGUUCAUCUGCAAGCGAUGCUCCAAGACGGAACGGUUGAGGAAAACUCUGAACCGACACGUUCGGUUGGUGCACGGAGUUUUGGACAGGGAAUUUUACUGCGGGCACUGUGAGAUGACCUUUGAGGAUGUUUCUUCGUUGAGCAAGCACAUCCAGGGGAGUCACGCGAACUCGGAGGAAGCUGGACGCGCUUACGAAGAGUUGCUGAACGAUUCGCUGUUUCCGAAGGAGGUUGGGCUGGACAUGGAACAGGACAGAGAAGAGCAGGAGGAGCACCAGGAAACGUUUUUGAAGCAUUUUAAUCUGGUCCGGAGUGCAAACUCCGCAGGCAAAUCCAAACCCAACCCAAAUAAGAUGAUUUUGGAGGAGUUUCUGGACGAGGCAUUCGAGAACGACCAAAUUUGGACCAAAUACAUUGCUGGAGGUGAAGAAUACCUCAUCGAUAACUACGAAUUCUACCUUGAUGGACCGUCGCAAGCCGCCCCAAGCAAUUACAAAUGUCCUCGAUGUGAGGAAGGAUUCAACAAGCAAUGUCACUUGACUGUCCACUUGGCUGAGCAACACAACAUUCGGUGUUUAAUUUGCAACGAUUGUGGAGCCAACUUCAACCGCAUCAUCGAGUACAAAAGCCAUCGCCAAGAGCAUCUGAAGGACAACACUAAAUUCAGGGAAAACGUAAUUCCCGAAGCCGAGGAAGCCCUAUCCCUGGUGCAGCGAGAGGAGAAAGAGUACGUCCUAACGGAAAACGAGAUGGGAUACACUUUCACCUGCAAGCUGUGCGAACGAACGUUUGCGAAAAAAUGCAACCUCGAAAAGCAUCAAUGCUCGUUCUACAACGGUCAGCCAAAAGCAACCUCAACCAGCACUCCCUCAACAUCGAGCGACAGCCUGUUCUGCACGCUGUGCGACCGCAAGUUCACCUCCAUUUCCGGCCUCAAGUACCACCUGAAGCGGCAUACCGACGUUAAAGCGUUCCCCUGCUUGUACUGCAACCAAAAGUUCACCGCCAACUCCAACCUGAACGCCCACAUCCGAAACGUCCACAGCGAGAGCAAGAACCACGUGUGCCCCCACUGCGAGCUGCGGUUCGCCGGGAAGGACCACCUGAUCAAGCACAUUCGGUCACGACACGAAAAGGAUCGCGCCUUUGCGUGCACGGAAUGCUCGAAGAGUUACUUUCAGAAAUCUCACCUAAACGACCACGUGGCAGCGGUCCACUCGGGCUACAAGGCGUUCUCGUGCGAGCAGUGCGGCGCUUCGUACAGCGGCAAGGGCUCCCUGCGGAGACACGUGGCCAAAGCGCACAGUAAAGGCGAAUAAAGAGCUUUUUCUUGCGAUUAAAAAA